UGGACCUGCAAUGAAACCAAUUCAGCUCAGACAUCUCAAAUCCAUUUUAGAAGAUGCCCAGAGUGGAAUGAAUUAUAGUGCAAUAGUCACACCAGUCUCUUGCAUCCUUCUCCUCAUCAUGAUAAUCAUUGGACUCGUCAUCUACAGACGUAAAAGUUACAGAUCUAAUGAAACCAAUGUGGCCCCUGAGUCAUCAGCCGAUGAAUCCCAGACAAAGCUGAAUGAGCGAACUACAGAGGAUUAUACCCGAUACAACCAAUUUUCUGGACAACAAGCAGCAGCAGAAGAUAUCUAUGAAAACACCGAGGCUCUACAUGAGGAUGAUGAAUAUCAGAACGUUACAUUUGAAUCGAACUAUGCUGUGAAAUCAGCAUACCUACAGAAUAUGGGACCUGAUGAAGCCAAUGUGGCCCCUGAGUCAUCAGCCAACGAACCCCAGCCAAAGCAGAGUGAGCAAACAGCAGGGGAUUAUACCCGAUACAACCAACGUUCUGGACAGCAAGCAGGAGAAGAUAUCUACGAAAACCCUGAGGUUCUAAAUGAGGACGAUGAAUAUCAAAUGGUUACAUUUGAAUCAAAUUAUGCUGUGAAAUCAGCAUACCUACAGAACAUGUAGUAAAUAGUAUAAUCACCGUUAUGAUAUCCUGGUCUGCUGUACAUUAAAAAAUAACAUACAUGGAUGGAUAAAUUAUUAAUAUAUUUUUUCUUUUCUUUCUUUAAUUCUUUCUUUUUUCCCUAAUUUCUCUCUUUCUUUUAUUCUUUGUCUUUCUUUCCAUCACGUGCACAUCCAAGCACACUUCAACAUUCGCACACGCAUAUUUUCUUUCUUUCAUUCUUUCUUUCUUUCCAUCACGGGCACACAUCCAAUCACAUCCACUUCAACACUCGCACCUGUUUAUACUGUAUAAGAUACAUCCAAUCUUUCCAAGUUUUGUAGUAUUAGUAGAACUAAGUGUUGAAACCCACAUGCAUAUAAUUAUGGAACCUUUUCGAUUACAGAUGAAUAAAAGUCACACAGAUAUUUAAGUAAUCAGAUGCAUAAUCAGAUUCUAUACAGUACGUCCCACAAAAAACAAAACCGAGAUUUAUCGA